GUGUAACGGUGGUUCUGGCUAUAUAAAGUCCUCUCUGACAACAGGAACUCUCCUGGAGAGUCAUGGGGCCCCCACCGCUGCUCCUGCUGCUCUCGGGGGCCCUGGCCCUGACCGAGACCUGGGCCGGGCCCCACAGCCUGAGAAUUUUCUCCAGCUCCGUGUCCGGACCGGGCCGCGGGAAGUCUCAGUUCAAAGUCCUCGUCUACGUGGGCGACACGGAGAUCCUGCGGUUCGACAGCGACGCCCCGAACCCGAGGCUGGAGCCGCGGGUGCCGUGGAUGGAGCAGCCGUGGGUGGAGCAGGAGCACCCACAUUUUUGGGACGACUACACGCGGGUAAUCAAAAACUACGAGAAGAUGUAUGGAGGGAACCUGAACAACCUGCGCGCCUACUACAACCAGAGCGAGGACGGGGCUCACACCUUCCAGGAAAUGAGGGGCUGCGACGUGAGCUCGGACGGACGCUUCCUCCGCGGGUACACUCAGUUCGCCUACGACGGCACCGACUUCAUCGCCCUGAACGAGGACCUGCGCUCCUGGACCGCAACCGACAUGGCGGCCCGGAUCACCUGGCGCAAGCUGGUGGAGCUCCCUGCGGCAGAGCAAAGACAGGGAGUCCUAGGGCAACUCUGCGUGCACUGGCUCCGCCUGUUCCUAAAAAACGGAAAGGAGACCUUGCUCCGAACAGACCCUCCAAAAACACACAUGACCCACCACCCCAUCUCUGACCAUGAGGUCACCCUGAAGUGCUGGGCCCUGGGCUUCUACCCUGCGGACAUCACCCUGAUCUGGCAGCGUGAUGGGGAGGACCUGACCCAGGACAUGGAGCUGGUGGAGACCAGGCCUGCAGGGGACGGGACCUUCCAGAAGUGGGCAGCUGUGCUCGUGCCCCCUGGAGAGGAGCAGAGAUACACGUGCCAUGUGCAGCACGAGGGACUGCCUGAGCCCCUGACCCUGAGAUGGGGUGAGAGUGUCCCUGGGCAGGGUCAGGACUCAGGCCUGAAAUUGGCCUCUCAAAUUCCCCUCACAGACCCCCCUCCUCAGACCACCAUCAUCAUCGUUGGCAUCACUGCUGCCCUGGGUCUCCUUGGAGCUGUGGUGACUGGAGCUGUGCUGUGGAGGAGGAAGUGCUCAGGCAGAGGUAGAGAGAGCUAUGCUAAGGCUCCCUGCAGCAACAGUGCCCAGGGCUCUGAUGUGUCUCUCACAGCUCCUGAUGGGUGACAGAUCUGCUUUCCACAGGACUUGGUGCUAAAAUAGUCACUGCAGCCUCCCCUUGACACUUUAAGCUUCACUGUCUACUGUUUCUGCACCCAGCAUCAGAGCCUUAUUUAAUCAUCUCAAUGUCCCUGAAUUAUUUUAAUAUUAAUGAUAUAUAUAUGUAAAUAGAUCAAAAGAGAUGUAGAUUCAAAGCUCCAAGGUGUAUUGUUUCCGGUGGGUCUUAUUCUAUCUAUACCUUCAUCCUGUUUAUUAAGCUGUUUUAAUAAACUUUACAUUUAUAAAUUCA